AUGACUAUGAAGAACAGGUCUGGAAAUAAUGCACAGACAACAUCAGAAAUGAAUCACGAGGCGGAGCAGACGUCGAAACACCGGGGCUCUCAUCAUGAGGAGAAGCAUGGUGAGACUGACCGCUGGGGGGACACAGCACAACUAAAGGGCGGUGCGGAAGGUCUCAGAGGUCCAAUUUUGGGGCGUGAACGAAUCUUACAAUUCACUUUACAGAAGCUGGGAAACCUUAAUUGGUCCAGAUUGUCUCUGAUUGGCGGAAAACCACAGGCUACAGCAAUCAUGGACCAGAUCUCAGUGAUGAACUUCCAGCCUUUGGCAUGGGCCUUCAGCCACCCAUUGGCGCCGCCCGCCAGCCCUCCUCCCGCCCACAUCAUCAUGCCCUCACGGAUGUCUCAUAAGGCCAAGGCCUUCACCAUCGACGCCCUUCUGGGACUUGACACUCAAAAGGAUCUUCCUGCCCCAAUCGCCUCCCCGCCUGCGUCUCCGCUCUCCCUCCUUCAGCAGGAGUCCUACGACACCGCCCUCAGGGACGCCCCCGGAAAGAUCAAGCGCCAUCGCACAGUGUUCACGGACUCGCAGCUUCAGCGCCUGGAGGAGGAGUUCCAGCGGCAGCAGUACCUGGUGGGCCCCGAGCGGAAGCAGCUUGCGAAUCAACUUCAGCUGAGUGAUUUACAACUGAAAGUAUGGUUCCAGAACCGACGCAUCAAGUGGCGCAAGAACCAGCUCAGCGCGACGCAGGACCGUGACGCCUGCACGUCUCCUCCGGCGUCGGAGUAG